GAGAGGAAGUGCGCCGCGCACAGGUAGAGAGAAGUCAGAUCAGCAGAGACAGCCAGACGCAGCGCUCGCACCUGAAGUGACAGAGGGGGAGUGAAGCUCAGAGCUGUGAUGAAGGCAGCGCGCAGUGCUUCUCAGCCUGCUUCUCCUGUAAAGCGAUUGCAAGAUACAUUUGGAGAACAAGUCAGAAGGGAAACAUCCAAAGGGAGGGGGGAUGCGCCCAUGUGACAGGCUUUGGACGUUUCCAUUUAUACCAUUCGGGCAAGGGAAUUGAAUCUCUCCAUUGGGAGCUGCGUUUUUUCUAAUCGCCGGCGAGUGGCAUUUUCAAACAUUGCACGCCUCGUCCGUCGCCUGCGGAUCGUCACAGCACCAUGCGAGCAGGAGAGACGCGCCCUGUGCCAUGCUGAACGACUCUCCGACUCUCCUGCUGGCUCUCACCGCGGUGGCCGGACUUCUCCAGCGAUGCCAAGGCUGGAGCGAAGAAGACCUCCUCCUGCCACCCAUCAACUCCUCCAACAGGUUCCUGGCCAACCUGGAGGUGGACGUGCGCUUCUCCAAGAGGUCUGUGGAGGAGAGCGAAGCCUCGCCCGACGCCUCCUCCCUGCAGACCAUGUCCCAGUGCAACGUGAGCGUCCAGAGGCUCCUGCCCACCUCGCUCGUGGCCCGCUGGGACAGCAGCUUCGGCUUCCAGUGUGAUGUGCUCAUCUACACCACCAAUAACCACGGAAGGGCUUUUUUCUCCGCGUCUUUCAACAGGGCGAUCUCGCCUGUCGUCAUCGAGCACCUCGGGGUCACCGGGGGUCAGCAGGAGUUGAGACUGUGCGUGGGCUGCGGGAUGUCCCGGUACCGGAGGUUCGGUCAGGGCAGGUCGAGGGGCCAGCAGACCGGGGAUCAGGUGACUUUCUGCUGCGUGGAUUUCAGCCUCGACGAGCUGAAGGGGGACAAAAGUUGGAGGCUGAACAGAAAGCCCAUCGAGUCGACACUUGUGGCUUGUUUCAUGACUUUGGUCAUCAUUGUGUGGAGUGUUGCUGCUCUCAUAUGGCCGGUCCCGAUCAUUGCAGGAUUUCUGCCCAAUGGGAUGGAGCAGAGGAGACCGAGAUAAUUGAAAUCAUCUUUGUUAUAAUUAGCCUGUGCUGCCUAUACUAUUAUUGUAGCCAUUCAACUGUUCACCUGAGUGAAUGAUUGCGGAGCUUUGGAGAACUGAUCAAAUACUUUAGUUUUGGGUGUUCUUUAACCCUUAUUAGACCUCCUUCUCAUUAGGACAGCCAAGGUAAAGUAUGAUGGAUUAUACUAGCCAAUAGUGAUCGAUACUGGGACCAACACCAAUGUGUUUUGUAUACCCUUAUAGGCCUUCCUAUAGAGUAUGUCUGCGUAAACUGUGCAAACUUUUCUCUUUAAACAGUGUUUGUAUAGUUUCUAAUCUUUCUAGAAAGUCUUUGCCUUAUUCCAUGUGUAGGACUUUUGCACUGAAAACUGAACUUUAAAGUGUGCCGUCACAUAUAUAACCUAUAAUCAUGUUCAAAGUAAAUGUAAUCGUUUUUUUCCCCAAUACAUUCUGAAAAAUAGAUGUUGUUUAUGACUGACUGAGAGAGGGUUUCAAUAUUUAUAUUGUUAGAUUUAUAAUGUCAAGUUCAAUAUGCGUGCUUAUUUGUAUUAAUGUUCCAAUGGUUUAAAUGAAAAUAAAAUUGAUUAUAGGCUAUACCUCA